AUGAAUAACCUAAGGGAGGCCCUCUUUUCAGUCGUUCUUCGGAGCGAAGUAGGUUGGUUCGAAGAACCCGGGAACAGCGUCGGCUUCCUGACCGCACGUGUUGUCAGCGACACCUCAAUGAUCAAAACGGUUAUAUCCGACCGGAUGUCCGUCAUCGUUCAGUGCAUCUCUUCCAUCCUGAUAGCAACGGUGUUAAGCACAGCAGUGAACUGGAGGAUGGCUCUAGCCGUAUAUGCUAUGAUGCCAUGCCACCUAAUCGCCGGCCUCGUACAAGUCAGGUCAGCGAAAGGCUUUGCCACUGACAAUUCCACUUCCCACCAGAAGCUCAUCUCGCUCACCUCAGAGGCCGUCAGCAACAUCCGCACCGUGGCGUCUUUCGUUCAGGAAGAGGAGAUACUCAGGAAAGCGGACUUGGCACUUCAAGAACCGAUGCAGACUAUCAGGAUGGAGAUCAUCAAGUACGGGGCGUUGCAGGGGGCUGCCCUCUGCCUAUGGCACAUGACGCACGCCAUCCAGUUGAGCUGCAGCAUUGCGCUGAUUGGCAAUGGACUGGCAACGUUUGAAAACUGUGUACGGUCAUACCAGACGUUCGCGCUGACGGUGCCUUCCAUCACGGAGCUAUGGACCUUGAUCCCUAUGGUCAUGUCGGCGCUCGCGGUACUGGACCCUGCGCUCGACAUUCUUGACAGAGAAACAACGAUUGUGCCGGAUGUACCAAAAGUGUCUCAUGAUGAAGAAGACAGAAUUGUGGGUGGCGUCGCGUUUGAAGGCGUCAGCUUCAGCUAUCCCUCCAGAGCAAAGGUGGCCAUUCUGGAUGGCUUCAGUCUCGCCAUUGAGCCAGGCCAGAGGGUCGCCUUGGUCGGCCCGAGCGGCGCCGGGAAGUCCACGGUGUUCGCGCUCCUGCUAAGGUUCUACGAGCCUAGCCAAGGAAGAGUGCUCGUGGACGGUAAGGACAUCAGGGGCUACAACCUGAAGUGGCUGAGGAGGCAGAUAGGGCUGGUCCAGCAGGAGCCGAUCCUGUUCAACCUGUCCAUCAGGGAGAACAUCAGCUACGGCAACGAAGGCGCGUCGGAGGCGGAGAUAGUGCAGGCCGCGACGGAGGCCAACAUCCACGAGUUCAUCAGCGGCCUGUCGGCGGGGUAUGGCACCGUGGUCGGGGACAAAGGGAGCCAGCUUUCCGGGGGGCAGAAGCAGAGGAUCGCCAUCGCCAGGACCAUUCUGAAGAAGCCUGCCAUACUGCUGCUGGACGAGGCGACCAGCGGCCUGGACGGCGAGUCCGAGAGGGUGGUGAUGAGCUCCCUGGCCGCGAAGGGGUGGGGGAAGAGCAGUAUCGGCGAGGUGUCGUCGAGCACGACCACGAGCAUCACGAUCGCGCACCGGCUGUCCACGGUGGCGAACGCGGAUGUGAUCGUCGUGAUGGAGAAAGGUGCGGUGGUCGAGAUGGGCAGCCAUGAGGCGCUGGUCUCUGUGAGCAAUGGUGUUUACUCGCGGAUGUACCGUGUGCACGUCAAAGGGGCGAAGGACUGA